GUGCCGCUAAAAAAAGUGCGGCACUGGUGCCGCUUAUUGUAAUUGGGCCACGUGGACUAUGACAUGGCCUGAUUAGGUUUGGUUGAAUCCAACUUCAAACCCGGUGGCCCAUGAAACUUGUACUAAACCGCAGCUACCCAAACAACAUCCGUCUUCUGCGUUUUUAUUUGUUAUUUUCUGACUAAUUAAUUUAAUUGGUGCAACUGUUAAGUUCCCAUAAAAUUUGAACAGCUAAAACUCGGAUCUUUUCUUCGUCUUCACGACUAUGGGCGAUUCUGGCAAUAAGAGGUUCCGCAAGUACCACCCCUACCAGAACUUCCACGUCCCAUGAGUUCCUCUUACGGGAAGAAGCCGCGCGCCAACGCUCGACCUGGAGCGAGAAUCUCACUUAGUACACCGGCACAAGGUACCUUGGCGGUGCGAUCGUGGGCGGUGGAACAGGACGCUCGAUGGGAUCAGGGCUGCCCAGGCCGGCGAUAGCAUGAAGUUUCAGGUGAACAGGGUUUUGAACUCCGGCAGGCACAGUGGUUGGCGGCUGGGCAACAGUACUAUGGGAUUUUUGAGUCUGAUGUUUACGGGGGUCGAGAGCAGCUUGAGGGAUGUGGAUGAUUCUGGUAACACAGUGAUUGCUGGGCAAUUUAUCGAUCAGCCAGAGGGUCCAGAUCGGCGGCAAUUGCUGGUGCUAUUUGAGGGAUCACGGCAGCUGGUAAUGUCGCCGGGAUUCUUGUGUAAUGAAAGCUCAUUCAAUUCUUGGUACGGGUUGGGGUUUGGGGAGAUAUUGACAUGAUUUUGACUUUCGAGUAGUGAAUUCCUUUUUGUCAGUUUAAUGAGUUACUGAAUGAAUUAAUUAAAGAAACUCAAUACAUUAUGUUCGAUCUCUUGCCAUCAAAAGAAGUCAUCUUCAACAUUUAUUCUCCUUUCACAAACCAAACCAGGAUGGCUCUGUAACUAAUAACAAAUGAACCAAUAAAAUCCCAUUAUGUAUCUAUCUGUAUACAAUUAAUAUCUCCCUCUCCUAUCAUUUAUUAAGUAUGUAUGUAUGUUUUCUUUUUUCCCUAAAUCCUAAUUGCUAUUGCAACCAAAACUGUAGGUUUUUUCGGCUUAGUGGUAUUCAUCUUAACAAUGAAUCAAAGAAGGAAUCCUCCUUAGGUUCUUCCUUAGCUUCAGGGAUCCUGCCGUACUGCGAUUGAUGAUUCAUGUAAGAGGAAGAACCUCCUCUUGCUUGUACAAUUUGUCGGUUUUUCGAAACCUAAGAACCCAUAACUCCCUAAACCUUGCUACAACAUCUCCAGGGUGAAUGGAGAUUGAUUUGGAUAGGUACCGCUGAUGUUAAAAUGGUGUCUGUUCAUGACAAAGCUAGGGCCUAAUGGGAGGGAAUGGCUGCUGGAGAAGAUUUCGUUGUAUCUUUGUUGUUCUGGUGGUGAGAUAGCCGCUGCCUUGUAGCUGGAACGUCAUGGUUAUGUUUCCCUUCAUACUGCCAACGAUCGCACCGCAAAAGUAUCUCGUGCCGGUGUAGUAGGUGAGAUUCUCGCUCCAGGUUCGACGCUGGUGUGCAGCUUCUUCUUGGAAGAGGAACGCAGAAGACGAGGGGAGAUUUUAGAGGGUCUGAGAAGGGACACUCCAGAAAUUAUGGUAGGGGAGGUACUUGCGCAACCCCUGAUCACCAGAAAUCCAGAAUCGUCCAUCGUCAUGAAUACGAAUAAUAGAUCAAAGAGUUUUUAGUUGUUCAAAUUUUUUGGGAAGCUUAAUGGUUGCACCAAUAUUAAAUUAAGUAAUGAAAAAAUAACAUAUAAAAAUUGCGAAAGACGGGAGUCACAGGACGCUGUUUGGGUAGCUGCGGUUUGGUACAAGUUUCAUGGGCUACCGGGUUUGAAGUUGGAUUCAAUCGAACCUAACUCAAGCCACAUCAUAAUCCACGUGGACCAAUCACAUACAGCGGCACCCGUGCCGCACUUUUUACGGCGGCACUGUAGUAUUGGCCAAAUCUUGGAACUCAAGACUUUUAUCUAACAAUCCAAGCCCAAUUCUUAACUCUUAAGAUUAGGCUUAGCUGUUCCUCCCAGAGUUUGGACGUCCAGUUUGCUAAAACCCUUUGCGUCGUGCGCUCAUAUGUGAUGGGCGAUGGGCCAUCCAAAAAACUACCUUUGCGAGGCCUAACUAAGUUUGGGCUUGUGUUAAGUAGAAAGGGCCCAGGGGCUGGAUCUGUAUCGAUAAAAACUUCUUAUCUCUUCCCUUUUUCUAACCCAUGUCCGUCAAGUAAUGCAUAAACGCCUAGUUAGGACUUAGGACGGGCAAUUUGAACCCACUUCACUGAGUAUUACUCUCAACUCAUUUUGGUGUCGUCAAAACUGACACAGAUCAAGCAAUAUUGGGUUGUUUGUUAUGAAAGCACUCAGAACGCUGACUUGCUACGGUCGAGAUGAACCUGAGUAUUUGCUCCAUUACCUAGGUGGGCUUGAGAGGUACUAUAAUGCAGAAUGGCGAGUUGGUUGGCUUUGAACGUUGGACACAACCAUAGCAGAGUUCAGAUAGAUGGUAGAGGGCACUGUGUUCAGAGUUGAAGAAGCUAAUGUGAGCUAAUAAUUGUUGAAUAAAAAG